CCACAUAAGCCAUUCCCACUCACCUCUCUCUCUCUCUCUCUCUCUCUCUCUCUCUCUCACUUACUCCCAUUAUAUAAUCAGAAGCUUCUCCGAGGAGUGAAACGAUGAUCUGGGGGAGUUCUCUUCUGGAGUGAUUCGGUUUCAGUCCUGGUCUUUGCAUGCGCGAUCUUGAUCCGUCGGAGGGUCGGUCUGCUGUUGUGAAUUUUCGAUAAAGUGGAGUCAUCAAACACCGAAUGGCAUUCACCUCCCUGCAAGUCUGCAUGGAUUCAUCUGACUGGCUACAGGGCACUCUUCACGACGACUCGGGAAUGGACACGUCCUCGCCUAACUCAGGCGACAUGCUCGCGUGCUCCAGGCCCUUGAUGGAGAGGAGGCUCCGGCCGCAGCACGACCAGCCCUUGAAGUGCCCCAGGUGCGAAUCCACUCACACCAAGUUCUGCUACUACAACAACUACAGCCUUUCGCAGCCCCGGUACUUCUGCAAGACCUGCCGCCGCUACUGGACCAAAGGCGGCACCCUCCGCAACAUCCCCGUCGGAGGCGGCUGCCGGAAGAACAAGAAAGCCUCUAAUUCCGGCAGUAAUAGCAACAACAGUGCCAGCAGCAAGAAAUUGGCCAACAAUGAUCAUCAAGGAUAUGGGGUCCCUAGCCACCCCGGGCAGUCGUCAGCGUCCUCGUCUCGUGGCGACCACUCGACCGACCUCCACCUCUCGUUCUCGCCUGAGGUGCAGCUUUCGCACCUCCACGGCUUGCUCGGCGUCCAUGGGGCCCCCUUCGCGGGCCCGGGCAACAAUUUCUCGGGGCUCGAGAACCCGAGGCCCAUCGAUUUCUUGGAGGGCAAGGUAAUGAGUUACGACAGCAACUUCAUGCUGAGCGGCGAUAGCCCUCAUCCUCACAUGGGCGUGGUCGGAGAUCUCGGUGGCUCGACUGGGAUGGCCCCGGGCUUCCAUGGCUUCUGCGGUCCAUACGGGAUGGCCAUCGACGGUGGUCAUAGCGGAAAUGCUAACAGUUUCAUGGAGAAUUGCCAGAGAUUGAACAUGCUCGUUCCAUACGAUCAGGGCCAUGAUCAGGAGCAGAUCAACGCGAUGGAUGUGAAGCCGAACCCGAAGCUCUUGUCGCUGGAGUGGCAAGACCAAGGCUGCUCCGACGCGAGCAAGAACGGGUAUGGCUAUUUCAACGGCCUAGGACCGUCGUGGACCGGGAUGAUGAACGACUACAACGCCUCCGCGAGCAACCCGUUAGUCUGAAAUCGAGCUGAUGCACAGUAAUAGGAUUGCUAUUUCCAGAUCGGUUAUUCCAAAUUGACCUGGCAUUGACGACAACAGAGUGUGAAAAUGAGAAAGCCUGAGAGGGUUCAACAAUGGCAGCCUUUGAGCAUCGUCACUAUUGAUUGUGAUAGCUUUUUUUUUCUUUUUUAUCCUAUUUUUGGUUUUUGAGUUUCUUUCUUUUUUUUUUUUGGUCGUCCUCGUGUCGUCUGAUGUCGUCUAGUGUGAAAGAUCUGAAUUCAAAGCCGUAGGAUUUUGUGGCAACUCCGAGGAAGAUGUGCCAGUGCUCUUUUCUCGUUUAGUAUUUAAAAAUGUGUUAGAAAUUAAUGUUAUCUCUAUUUUUAAUAGUAGCCAUCUGUCUUUUGUUUA